ACCAACAGAAACAGUCCAGAACGGUUUUAAUGUAAAAAACAUAAGCGCUGAAAUGUUAAAUUUCGUAAACUUUUCUUUAAUAUUUCUCCAUAUUUUGAUUAUUUUCACGAGUGAUGUUGCCUCUGCUGAAAAUGAAAACAAGAAUAAUCGUUAUCCUUUUAUACAAAUCGGUAGCAAGUACUAUUUUAUAAAUGCAACAUUGAAGAUGAACUGGUUUGCCGCUACUGAGUAUUGUCGCUCUUAUGGCGGUGAUUUGGCGCAUAUUGAAUCGCCCGAAGAAUUCCAGGCACUGGAAAAAUACUUCUUAGAUAGAGAUAAAGAAUCAUAUUUUUGGAUUGACGGUAAUGAUUUGGCAAGUGAAGGGAAAUUUAUGUCACACACCACUGGACGACCCUUGAUAUACACCAAAUGGUACAACGGCAACCCAGACAAUUUCAAUAAUGAAGAUUGUGUUGAAGUAACCGUGUACCACCAAAAAGCCCUUUAUAUGAAUGACAAUCAGUGUGAAAGAGAACGUCAAGCGAUUUGCCAGUAUCGCGAACCUACCAUGCACGAGAGUGUGAAAUUUGCUGUACCCUUGAAUCAAAAUGAGAACUGUAUGCUGAGAAUCUUAGCUGAGGCUUUUGCGCAAGCAGCCGAUAAUUGUAAUUCAUGCACGCAACACACUCUCCAGCCAACGUCAUAGUGAAUGUGCGGGAAUUAAUAAUAUUUGAAUAUCGUCUUAUCACAUAGCAAAAAUAUGUAAAAGGUUGCCGGAUGUUUUUUAAUACUGAAACUGUGAAUUUUUAAAAAGUUUUAUGCUUAAAUAUAGUUUUUGAAAAAUAUAAAUUUUUGUUGAGUAAUUAAUAUAAAGUGUUGCUACCCAAAUUUAAUAAUAUUGUAGUUAGAAAUUCAAUGUAAUUUUUUUUUUGUAAAGUAUCUAUUAGAACAUUAAAUAUAUACCAUUGCUGGUGUUUAAGCUCAAAA